CCUAUAAAUACUGGAGAAUAUUCACAUCAUCCUACAAGAGAAGAACAAACUCCAGGUGCAGCAGCUGAAAUCUGUGAUUGUUAAAGAUGGAGUUUAUUAAAGAGGAGAUUGAAGACAUGAGUGAUCCAGAACCAUCCAGAAUAAAACAUGAAGAUACUGAGGAACAAACGGACCGGAUGGAGAUGAAAGAGCAAAGACAAGAACUGAAUGAAGAACAAAGAACAAAAGCCAAAAAGCUGCACACCUGCUCUCAGUGUGGAAAGAGUUUCUCACACAAAGGAAUCCUUAGAAGACACAUGAGAGUCCACACUGGAGAGAAACCAUACACAUGCCCUCAGUGUGGAAAGAGUUUUUCACAAAUGGACACUUAUAAACAGCAUCAGAGAACUCAUGAUGAAGUGAAAGAUCACGUGUGUUUGGAUUGUGGGAAGAGCUUCACUAAAGUUACCAGUUUGAAACUGCACAAAAUGAUUCACACUGGAGAAAAACCUCACAAGUGCUCAUAUUGUGACAAGAGUUUCACUCAGGCAGGAACCAUGAAAAUACAUGAGCGAGUUCACACUGGAGAGAAGCCGUAUUACUGUACUCAGUGUGGAGAGAGUUUCAGAUAUAGAAGUGAUCUCAAUGUUCAUCUGCUCAUUCACUCUGGAGAAAGGCCAUUUACCUGUGAUCAGUGUGGUACAGAUUUUAAAUCAUCAGUACAUCUAAAAAACCACAUGAGAAUUCAUACAAAUGAGAGGCCUUUUGCAUGUUCAUUUUGUGGAAAGUGUUUUGCUCGACUGGAUCAUUGUAAACGGCACCAGAAAAAACACACCGGUGAGAGAGAUCAUGUGUGUUGUGAGUGUGGGAAGAGAUUUACUAGAGCUGAUAAUCUGAAACAGCACCAAAGAAUUCAUACUGGAGAGAAACCUUACAAGUGCUCAUAUUGUGACAAGAGUUUCACUCAGUCUGGAGACCUGAAAUUUCAUGAGCAAGUUCAUACUGGAGAGAAGCCGUACUACUGCCCUCCCUGUGAGAAGAGUUUUAGACAGUUAAAAAGCCUUAAAGAGCACAUGAAAAAAUGUGAGUCAUCACAGUGA